AUGUCAAUGGCCUCUUCUGGAGCUUGGACAUAUCGAGAUCGAACUUCUGAAUUCACAUCUUUGUCCAAGACAUUGAAGAAGAUAACAGGAAGCCCUGUACAUGAUCAAUCACAACUGAAUUUUGCCCUGUCUACUCCUGACCGAUCUGAAUUUAACAAGAAGGCAUCGAAAAUUGGGUUAAAUAUCCACCAAAUCUUCCAGAAAAUUGAUAGACUCGCUAAAUUGGCAAAACGAUCAUCCAUUUUUGACGAUCCUAGCAAAGAAAUCCAAGAAUUAACUUCUUUGAUUAAAAAAGAUAUUAGAACACUUAAUGUGGGAGUUUCGGAUUUACAAGCCUUGCAAGACACGGCAGUGGCUGAUGGAUCUCAUUCAAAAGAUACAGUUGUGCAUUGUACCGCUAUUUGUGAUGAUCUGAAGACGAGGCUUAUGACAGCUACAAAAUCUUUCCAGGAUGCGCUAACUAUAAGGACAAAGAAUAUGAAAGCUCAUGAGGACCGGAGACAAAUAUUUUCUACGAAUCUUGCAAGAGAAAAUCCUUUGAAGCAGCCUCCAAAGACUACAGCAGAACCACCACCUUGGUCAACUCCUUCAUCAGUUUCACCGGCAAAUGAUGUUCAAGGCAGCAGCCAAUUAAGGCGGAGAUUGGCUUCGGACAAUCCUCCAUCUCAUCAAAUGGAAACGUCGUCCAUGUUGCAAGAAGUGGUUCCAAGACAAGAAAGUUUCACGCAAAAUAGGGCAACUGCUCUUCAAAAUGUUGAAUCCACUAUUUCAGAAUUGAGUGGGAUCUUCACCCAUCUAGCUACAAUGGUUGCACAACAAGGGGAACUUGCGAUCAGGAUUGAUGAUAACAUAGACGAGUCAUUAACAAAUGUUGAAGGUGCACAAGGUGCUUUAUUAAAGUACUUAAACCAAUUAUCAUCAAACAGGUCUCUCAUGGUCAAAAUUUUUCUCAUUGUGAUACUUUUUCUCUGUAUAUUUAUAUUUUUUCUGGCUUGAUGUCGAUUAUGAGAGGUAGAUAGAUACACUGUCAUUGUUACAUAUGGCGGUAUUCCUCCACUAGAUUAUCUAAGUAGUAAUCAGAAGCCGACUUCUCUCAAUAGCUUGCUCUGAGAGGUGUAAUACUAAGCUGUCCUUUGUAA